CACGCAAACAAUAGCAUCUAUAUUCGUAGCGUUUCCGUUCGUGCCUCAUCGUUUGAUCAAUCCGCUUGCGGCAAAUAAAGAUACAAAGAUCGUGGUUGUUUCGAAUAUUCACAAUGGCGACUAUUUCGACAAGCUUCCUCCCCCAACCAUCUCACACCAAUUUCGCAAGGGCAUCAACAUUUCCAAGAUCUGCUGUCAAAGUUCUUGUACGACCAAGCCUGGUUGAGCCUCACUUGUCGAGUCGCAGAAUCCAUAUUUCACGCAAGCCUUGUAAACAGGACUUACCCAAGGUUGCAGUCCACCCAGGCAAGCCAAAAGCGGAAAACACCAGCCAGCCCGCUGCAAUGGCUUCCAAAAGAGGAGUAGAAGGCAAAGAAUGCCCAACGUGCAAGAGAAAGCUCGAGAAUGAGCCGAUAGAAGAGAAGCCUGCCAAAGUUGCAAAGACCAACACCGUGGACAUCGAUGCAAAUGUUGACGACACACUGAACCAACUGCCUCCGUUACCUUCACCUGCUCUCAAGCCCCAUGCUCUGUUUAAGCAUUGCAUGCCACCUGAGGCGCCAACGUACCGCGACUACUCGGUCUUCCUUGCAGGUAGCAUUGAGAUGGGCAAAGCCGUACAGUGGCAGAAGCUCAUGGCGUCAUUCCUUUCUGAGCUCCCCAUCACAGUCAACAACCCGCGCAGAGGCCACUGGGAUCCCAACGUCUCGAAAGAAGCCAAGGAUGCAGACUUCAGACACCAGGUUGAGUGGGAGCUGUCCGCGCUGGAGAAGGCUGAUGUCAUCUGCUUCUUCUUCGACGCUACCACGAUAAGCCCUGUCACGAUGAUGGAGCUUGGGCUCUGGGCCAAGUCUAAGAAGGUCGUCGUUUGCUGCGAUAAGAGGUUCUGGCGCGCUGGUAACAUUCACCUUGUUUGCGAGCGCUACGGUGUCCCGUUUGUGGAGACGUUCCAGGAUUUGGUACCUGCUAUCAAGAACAUGCUCGAGGAAAAGGGCAUGAAGCUUGAUGAGAAUGGUGACCUCAUCAAGUAAGGGUCUCGCGUUCGCAAUCCGCGUCAAGCGCUUGCGAUCCAGGGUCUUGACUGAAGGCCUUGGAAGGAACGAGUGCGCUGAGCGUAUCUUCGUGAGCUAAAUGGGUGGUAAUAGUGCAAUUUGGGUUAGGCGUUAUUGCGUUUCAAUUGCGACUAUCGCGGCGUUGGUAAGAAGAUGGUCUACAUAGCAUGGGCGGCGCAAUAUCUGUAGUUCUGAAUUGAUUGGAC